CUGUCGCAGGAAACGUGCGCGCGUUCAGCGGAGUCAUGCGUUUUUAAUAGUUUUGGCGAUGUUUCCUUUCCCCUCGUACUCGGUAGGAGGAGAACGACAGGGAUGUAGCUCAGUCUGAAGCUCACAGACACCAUGGGGCAGCCUAGACUCAGGAGCUGUGCCGGCGCCUUUGCUCCGUUUCAUCUGUGUGCUGCUCUUUUCUUCUGCACGUUGCAGGCGGAGGCAGUUCCAGCUCUGGCUGAAGAUUUUGAAUCGGUGAAUCUUGAACUGGGUGUUUCCCAUGUUGACAAAAAAGUGAACGAAAGAUUUCUCUCCGUGGCCAUAGAUGCAGAUUUAAUGGCCCAGGAGAAGUUCAUGUACCUACUUGGAUCACCAAAACUGAGAAUUCUAGCAAAAGCUUUGACUCCAGCCUUUCUGCGAUUUGGAGGAACUGAGCAAGAUUUUAUGCAGUUCCGCCCACAGAGGGAACCUUUCUCGUCAAACGACCACAGUUCCCUUCAUUAUCCAGGACAUUCCUGUGAUAGGUUUGAGCUUCCACCUUUGUUAGAAAAGAGGCUGAAGCAGGAAUGGGCACUGCAGGCCUCAGUUUUACAACAUGAAGAGCUGCUGGGAAAAUUUGACAGAAAGAAUUUCUCAGAAAGUGCAGUGGACCUGCUGUAUGCCUUUGCAAACUGCUCUGGAUUGGACCUGAUCUUUGGGUUGAACGCACUGCUCCGAACUCCUGACAAUGUGUGGGACAGCCAGAAUGCAGAGCUGCUGAUGAACUACUGUGACUCAAGACAGUACAUCAUGUCCUGGGAGCUGGGAAAUGAACCCAACAGCUAUGAGAAGAAGGCAGGAGUCAGAGUAGAUGGUUACCAGCUGGGCCAGGAUUUCCUCCAUCUUCAUAAGGUCCUGCAGAAAACUAGAAUCUACAGGUCUUCAGGGCUGUACGGACCAGACGUCGGUCAGCCAAGAAACCACCGCAAAGAUCUACUUACAGGGUUUUUGGAGACUGCAAGUAAUGCCAUUGACGCGUGUACUUGGCACCACUAUUAUGUCAAUGGUAGAGAUACAUCCUUGGAGGACUUUAAAGAUCCUGAAGUGCUGGACAGACUGGCUGUCAAAACUAAUGAGGUCCUUGAGACUGUCCACUCUGUGUCUCCUGGGAAGAGAGUCUGGCUUGGAGAGACGAGCUCAGCAUAUGGUGGUGGUGCCUUGGGCCUCUCCGACACAUUUGUUGCUGGCUUUAUGUGGCUGGACAAACUUGGACUUGCUGCCAAGUUGGGUUUGGACGUCGUCAUCAGACAGGUGUUAAUUGGCUCUGGUACAUACCAUCUAGUGGAUGAUAACCUUGAUCCACUUCCAGAUUACUGGUUGUCAGUGCUUUAUAAAAGGCUAGUUGGACCCGAAGUGCUGAAAGUUGAAGUCGCCUCAAAUUCAAAGCAAAAACGGCUAUUACGGGUGUAUCUUCACUGCACUAACAGAAAAAGUUCAAGUUACAGACAAGGUUCAGUCACACUGUUUGCCCUAAACCUAAGCAAAAAUCAAGCCACACUCAGUCUGCCAGCCCUCUUCUCCAACAGCACCAUUGAGGCUUAUGUACUCCAGUCAGCAGAGCCAGGUGUGGAUGGACUCCAGUCCAGGGCUGCCAGACUGAAUGGAGUUUUGCUUAAGAUGGUGGAUGAGCAGACAUUCCCUCCUCUUCAAGGGACAGACCUGCGUCCUGGAGAACAUCUUAAACUGCCUGGACUGUCCUUCGCCUUUUAUGUUGUGAAACAAGCACGUGCUCCUGUUUGCUGAUAAGGGCUAAGAAUAAGAUCAGUGAACUGUUUACCAUGACGGCCUUGUUUUUUUGCUGUUGCAAAGGUUGGAAAUGAAUGUGCUGUAAACUUUGAUGGAUGCCAAAGUACCUGGUAGUGAAUAUGUGUAAAAAUAAUGUUUAUAUAAAAUUUGUACAUUCCACGAAAAGACCAACAUUUUUUGUUAAGCUACUGUGGUAUUUAUAAACACGUGACAUGGUUUGUCAUAUAUGACAUCAAUGCAGAAAUGAAGAUUCUCCACGUCUCCAGUUUCGGUGCUCUAAUUUUUUGUCCAUUUUCUCAGUAACAGCUUCUUGACAGCUACAUGUCCUUUCGUUGUGUUUUCUCAAAAUGGAAGGAUGGACAUAAAUAGUGGGUUUGAGAACCAAAACAAGGGUGGAGCUUGAUUUUCUUGGUUUUCUCCUCUCGCUUAAAGGUGAAAGCUUUAAGUACUGUUUAUCUGAUGGUGGCAGUUUUGGUGGUCUGUCAGGUCAUGCAUGUUAGGAGUUAAGAGAAGUUUAUUUAACUUUUUUUUUUUUUUUUUUUUAAAUAACAAUUUCUCGAGUUUUUUUAAAACUCCUGAUUCCCCUUUUUUUACACAUAAUCUGAUCAGAAUUGUAACCUUUUUCUGCCACUGAACAAGGGAAGAACUUAUUGGCGUUUUUGCCUGGACACUAAAUGAACGAAAAAGUGGUCGCUGACUUUAAUAAUAAACAGUAUGUUCAUUA